AUGGGUACUGUCGUCCGCACAACAGGUGUUCCAAUCUUCCUCAUUGGAAGUCACGUAAAAAAAACGUCUCUGAAGAAGGCGAUACUACAGAAACGUCAGCUAUCGUUGUAUUGUAAUGUAUGUCUUUCUAUGGAAGUAAAUGUAUGCCGUACAACAACAUCGCCAUUGCUGAACAAGAAAACGAAGCGAUUACAUCCACUGGAAACGGGUAGGAUAGUCGUGGCUAAUGCCGUUCUUGAAAUGACGCGAAGCGUUCAUACUUGGAUGAAAACGGCGGAAAUUGAAGUUGUGAAGGCAAAGAAGAAGGUGUUCCGUAGGGCACUUGAGCAAUUUCCUACUUCUGUCCGUGUUUGGAAAGUUAUCAUGGAGUUGGAAGAAUCAGAUGAAGGACGCGUAUUGCUCACUCGUAGAGUAGAAUGUUAACUUGGAAUUGGCAUUGGUUGUUGA